GAGCGACCGCAGAGGACUUCGACGAGGACCUCAGGAUGACCGUCGUCCCAUGCAGGGACGCGCAUAUUGACGAUUGGUGCGAUGGGAAUUAGGCCACGAUGGAGAGUCGCUGCCCUUGGGCAAGCCAGUACAAAUUCGCCAACAUGUUGGAGUUCGGGAACCUCAUCCCGUUGUUUAACGCUGUCCUCGAACACAAGUUCCUGAACCACAUGCGUAGAGCGCAAGGCUGCAUUAGCCGCCAUUUCAGCCGCCUCGAAUGCCACUACGUCAGCUCGUCGCCACGAACUUGGGGAGGCUCGCGGAAACAAGAGUUGUUGGACUGCGCUCGUCACUGCUCGUUCCUGGGUCAGUACCCGCUCCGGUGCCCCGGGAAUUCUCCACAAGUUGUGUCAUACUGUUGUGUGCGAUUGACUGUGUCCGGGUCUGAUUUUGUCAGAGUUCUAUGUGUCGCUGCGUCGAACAAGAGCAGAAAACUCGUCGAUGCAGUUGUGCUUGUAUCACGCAACGAGGUGGCAAUCGAGGGGUCCAAAUUCGUGCCGACGCCCGGGCCUGAACGUGUAGAUGGGUGGCGAGAUUUGGUUAUAGCAGGCCCGGUCCAAAACUUUUCGUUGCUUAGGGAGGUCGAGGAGAAAGUGUCCGCCAUACGGGACUGUAUAGGGAACUCCUUAGCACGACCGGGAGUGUUUGAUAGGAUGAAAUACAUGUCCGUCUUUUCGGAAACUGCAACGGUCGACGAUCUGCUGGUCCGCGUUUACGGAUCGUCAAUGAAUGCUUUAUAUGGCUACGGUUCUCGACCUCGUCCCCGAGGAACCGCGAUUGUCACAAGAUCUGGACACGUUGACUUCAUGGUGUGCUGUUCGAUUUGCGUUGUCGUUCGCAGACAGUAUGUCUUCUUCCAAGGGCGAGGUGGAGCCAACAGGGACCUCCGGGAAGGAAUCACGAAAAGAUUCCACGAGGCGGUCGUCUACUGCCACGCAGGGGUGGUCGGACCAUUCGAGGUCGAAAUGGUUCAUCGACUGGUGCUGUGGAGACGCUUCCAACCCACUGCGCAGCCAUGUGGUCCUGUCAUCUUCAUCAAUGACAGCAGAAGGCGUAGAGUGCUUGGUGUCGUCUUGCGGUGGGAGGACGCAAAGGGGGACCGACGACAUUUCUAUAUGCAGAAAGUUUAUGGCGCCAAGGGCAACGUCGUUGCCAAUUCGAAAGGGACGUUGUUGGACCUCGAAUUGUGUGAGGGGUUCGGAGCGGGUGCUGUGAACACCCCGUUCUACAGAGAACUCGUUCUCGGGGGCGWUUUUGUUUUGGCGCGUGAAUUUUUCGACAUGUUGGAGGACAAAAACAUCGCUCUAGACGUCCCCUGCGACGUCAACCCAUCCCUGGAGCUGUCGUUGCCCUUGAAGCUAUGCAGUGGUUGCGAGUCAAGCGGGGCAGGGGCGGAGGGCGGUGAUCUGGGUUCUGGUCCCGCCACUCAGCUGCACCGUGGCGAGAGCCGAGGUCAGUUCGACGACAGCGAGGAUGAGGGGACUGCUCCGCCGUUGAGUGACACGCGGCGGUCUGUGUUGUCUAUUCCUGGGGUUCAGACUGAUGCUCCUGUUCAGCGAAAGAGUACGGGGCCUGCAGUACACGUGGCGGCCUAUUCGGAGGUUGACUUCGAGGCGAGCAAAGGACAGGGUGUGGAGGAGGUGGACGCGGGAGGCCUAGGCUCGCAAGGAGCUCCGCAAAAGAGGAGGGGGGAUCGUCCAGACGAGUUCGCCGAUUCUACGAAGAAGUUAAAGAGCAAGGCCCCCAGGACUGCGGGGGAGAAAUGCAAGGGGACCGAGGGGGAGCAGGGCCGGCAGGUUGCCAAACGACCGUCUUCGAGACAGAAGCAGCCUGAGACUGGACCGUCUUCUCCACCGACAACAGGGACUCCCAUCCACGUCGACGCCGGGUACUUCCUCGAAUACAAAGACGGCGUUCGGACAAAUCGGGAGUUCGACAUUAGCCCUGCGCAGGUCGUCGACCUCGGGGACUGGGAGGACCUGUACAAGCAGCAGUCCCUGGAUCCCGUGCUCGUGGAAGGGAUCAAAGAAGCGAUGCAGUUGGCGUUCGAAAACAAAGCACAGUCUUACGAUUUACCAACCCUGAAACUGACGCCGCUGGGGCUUGAUAAACCGACUCCGGGGACCAGGGCAAAACGUCUGAGACCGAAGGAUUGGAGGGAUGAGCUGGCGGGACAAUACUACUACUACGCGGUGUGUGGGCAGCACAACGCGGCUGCAGCGAGGUCGCUGCUCGGCAGCGAGGUGGCCAGGAAAUACAAUUUCGAGCGGUGGUUUGCACGAAUGGUCUACUUUUCGGACGAUGACUUCGAAGGGUACUUCCUUGUCAGUUCCCAGGACAACAAGAAGGACCUGAAGGCGCCCCCACGACAGCUGAAGCUGUCAAUGAGGGACAUUAGGUGGCAGUGGAAGCGCGCCGGUUGCCCGCGUGCUGUUAUGGGGAACCCCAUCGGAAAACAGGAUCAGGUCCGGAAGUGGCGUGAAUUCUAUCAGCAGGGCGAGGAGGCCAUCAGGAAACAAGGCUCUACCCUGCGUUCCUAUUUCCCUCUGGCGAUGGCAGGGAAGAACGUCUGGAAACUGGCUGUCGAGUUUUUCGAAAAAUGGGAGACAGGCAGAUUGCUUGGACACGACGGCGCAAAGUGGAUCAUGCGGAAGAAGAAAGUCAAAAAUGUGAAGCCUGGGGUUGCAUACAUCCAUAAUGACAAGCUGGGCAGGAAGGAGGUCGUGUACAACGUCCCUGUGGAACCGCCAUCAAAGAAAGGCAAAAAGGAGAAAGAGGAGGGUGAGUGGUUCGUGCAAGUGCCAGAGUCGGACGCGCAUUGUUGGAAAACGAUGGAGUCGCUGACAGACAACAAGAAGUGCCGCGUCCUGAAGAAGGUGCUCGCUUGCGAGGUGGUUUGGGUACAGGCCGGCUCCCCAGCGUUGGCGAAGCUCGGGAAGCUGAGCGUCCAGGAGGUGGUGAAUUUGGUGAAGUGGGACCGAGUGCUGGUGCGUCUGUGGAACUACUACCAGUUCAAGCACGACAAAAGGUCGGACGCGGAUUGGAGCCAGAGGUUCCCGUUCCUGAAAUCAAGGUCCGCAAUUUUCAGACAGUUUGAGAGUCGUGGUUUGGAUGUUGAGUUGUGGGACGGGAGCACGAAAUACGUCACUGACUCCUCGUUGUUCAAGGACUGCCCGCCCUACAUGGGCUGCGACGGCGAUAGAUCGAUCGAGGCGACGGAGAAGCUGGCCGGUCACAAGAAGUUGUCCGUCGACUGGAGGAAUAAGGUCCUGUCCAUGUUGACUUGCAGUAGACUGAAGAGUCGAGAGAUCACGCUCGCCGAAGACAUUGUGCACAUAAAAUGGAAUGACAUGGGCGACGUGACAUCCAUCGCGCCAUUCGGCAACGAACCCUUGGAGUCAGAUAUAAGGAGUGCGGAGGUGAAGGAGGCAGUGGUUGCUACAAAGAGUCACACGUUCGUCCUCGAUCUGUGCGAACCGGUGGACCUGAAGCUUUGGAAAUCGCAAGCGUUCGACACUCUGAAUUCCCAACUCCAGAUGUGGUGUCCGUCGCAUUGGACGCUCGUUGUUUUUGUCCCGCGGCAGCAGAACCUCGUCUUUCUGGCCAGCAUGAACCAUCUUUCUUUCGUCAAGCUGCUGGAAGGGAAGUGGGUGAGGAAUAGUCAACAGAAGAAGCUUCCCCGGGAAGAAGGCAGGGUGAUGGACAAAGAGAAGGAAGUGGAGGAAGGAGACACAGGGGAGGAAUUGGAGGAAAGAAGGGAUGAAGGGGAGGAAGAAGAGGAUGAAGGAGAGGAAGGGGAAGAAACGGAGUUGGCUGGGUUGCUAGGAGGGCAGGAGGGGGGAAAAGGUGAACUCGAUACAGGAGACGAUGAACGGACUUUCGGCGACGAUGACAGAUCAAGGGAGUCUUCUGACGGAUUCGGGCAGCUGUACGGAGAACACCGCGAGGAAGACGAGGACGAUGAUGACACGGCACUGGGUAUGGAGACACAGGUGGUCACAAGCCUUUCGGCAGAACGUGAUGACUAUGACGUCCAAGCAAUGACGUCUGCUGUCGAUCUCCAACACCGGUUCAACGAAGCUCGUGUAGCAGUCAGCCUGACUAAACCGAGUGUGCAUAUUGACAUCGAAGAAGUUAUCGACGGCAUCUUGGGCGACCACCAAAUGUCCGCGCAACCGUCCUCGACGCCUGGUGUCAACGACCCUCUCGACGUCAAACCUUUCGGGGGAUCUGUCGUCGAUUUCUCGCCAACGAGCUCUCCGAUGCUGCCGCCAACCAUUGCCAGCGGAGGAGAACGCGGGAUCGGGGGACGACAAGAUGUCACAUCCCCGAAAAAAAUUAUCGCCGACACUCGAGCUCUCGACUUGCUGGCCUUGCCCGCGCCAACUUCGCCGAUUAAGGAGCGGAGAGACAAACCAGCUGGUAAGCAGUGACAAACGCCACUCUGUCUGCGCGCCAGUGACCGCAGUGUCUGUCAAUGCACACGAGAUAAAAACAUGUGUGUUUU